AUGAACGGCAACUUUGCCGCCGUCGGCGAGGAGCCGACGGACGCACAAUAUGAGCAUGGUAUUCAGGUCAUUGACGAGGACAAGCAAUACAAUGGCUUGGUCAAUGACUAUCUCCGCCGCACGCAUGUCGCGGAGGCCGGCUUCAACUACCACCUCAUCUCUGUCUUCGGCUCGCAGUCGACCGGCAAGUCGACCCUCCUCAACAACCUGUUCGGCACCGAGUUCAGCGUCAUGUCUGAGUCUGAGCGCCGGCAGACCACCAAGGGAAUCUGGAUGUCCAAGAACAAGCGCGAGGGCAAGAUGGCAGAAAACAUUCUCGUCAUGGACGUCGAGGGUACCGACGGACGUGAGCGCGGCGAGGAUCAGGAUUUUGAACGCAAGAGCGCCCUGUUUGCGCUCGCCACCAGCGAGGUCCUGAUUGUGAAUAUCUGGGAGCAUCAGGUCGGUUUGUAUCAGGGCGCAAACAUGGGACUGCUCAAGACCGUGUUCGAGGUCAACCUACAACUGUUUCUCAAGGACAAGCAAUCAUCCCCGCGCUCGCUUCUCUUCUUCGUAAUCCGCGAUCAUAUCGGCAACACGCCUCUCUCCAACCUGCGCAACACACUCGUCCAAGAUCUGACAAAGAUAUGGUCCUCAAUCUCGAAACCUCCGGCGUUGGAGAACGCAAAGAUCGAGGACUACUUUGACUUUGCCUUCGCUGCCCUGCCCCACAAGAUCCUACAGCCCGACAAGUUUGUGACGGAAGUGGAAAACCUUGGCACAAGAUUCGUCGCAGGCCAUCGCUCGACCCAGGAUCAGGAGUUUGUCGGCGGCGUCUUUCUGCCCGAGUACCACCGGCGCAUCCCCGCAGAUGGCUUCUCCAUCUACGCCGAAGGAAUCUGGGACCAAAUCGUCAACAACAAGGACUUGGACCUGCCGACGCAGCAGGAGCUGCUGGCACAGUUCAGAUGCGAUGAGAUCUCGAGGGAUGUCCUGAACACGUUCGAUGAGGUCAUAACCCCGCUGGAGGACAAACAGGCCGAGGCAAGCCGUCUUGGUAAGCCCUUUGUACUGCCUGAUCUGGGCGAUAUUGCCAGGAGCGCACGCUCCAAGGCGGUCGAGGCAUUCAAGGUGCAGGCGAGCCGCUACCACAAGGGCGUAUACACUCGGAAGCAGGCCGAACUCGAGGGCAAGAUGGACUCGCGCCUCAAGGCGUUGUACCAGGGGCAGCUGGCAGCGGCGCACAAGGCCGGCGUCGCGGCCUUCAGCGAUGCUGUGACUGGGGCGGUAAAGGCAGGCCAGAAAUCAGGGGGCUCGUACGAGUUUGCCGAGAUUGUGGACAAGCAAAAGAGGAAAACACUCGACAUCUUUGCCAAGGAGGCGCAGGGUCUGGAGAUCGAGGGGCUGGCAUGGACCAACUUCAAGCCGCAGUUUCUCUUGUUCGAGAAGGAGCUGGAUGAGGUCAGUGCACGACUGCGCAAGGAUGAGAUGCGCCGACUGGCAACUCGAGUAGAGCGCUGGGUAAAGUCACGACUUGGCGACUCGAUCGGCCUAGAGUUCAAUAAACUCGGCUCCGGCCGUGGGGGUUCGGGUGCUCCCGAGACGGGAGAGAAGCCAGCAACUGAAAAGGACCUCUGGGACCGCAUAUGGACCGUAUUUGUCGCGGUAGUCAAGGAAGCUCAGGAGCGCUUUGCAGACCGUGCCAAGAGCUUCGAGGCCAGCGCUGAAGAGGUCGAGAUCGGACUCUGGAGGUUAAGGCGCAAGAGCUGGGUUGCACUGCGGGAGAGGAUCGACGAGGAGGUCAUGGAGGGCAACAUCUUAUUGAAGCUCCGCGAGAACUUUGAGGACAAGUUCCGGUACGACGAAGCGGGCGUCCCGCGUAUCUGGCGACCCACUGAUGACAUUGAGGGCAUCUACACGCGGGCACGCGAGUCGACUCUGACCCUCAUCCCGCUGUUGUCCCGGUUCCGGCUCGCCGAGACGUACGCGCCUCCAGACCUGCCAGGCUGGAUUGGCAACCAGCCACCAGGCGUUGAGCCCGAUGAUGAGGAGGACCUGACACCUAUCGGUGGCAUUGACGAGGAAGAAGGCAAGAGCCUUGAGGAGGAGAUGACGGUGCUGAGCGAGAGCAAACGCCAGGACCUCGUCGUCCGCUUCAAGAAGACAGCCGACGGGGUCUACGUCGAGGCCAAGAGGGGUGCGCUUGGUGGCAUGACGCAGGUACCCUUGUAUUUCUGGAUUGCGCUCUUUGCGUUUGGUUGGAACGAGAUCUGGAUGGUCAUCCGCAACCCCUUCCUCUUCAUUCUCCUCCUGCUAUCUGCAGGUGGAUUCUACGUUGCAUACAACCUCAACCUUUUGGGGCCGAUUAUGCAGAUGACAAACGCGGCGGCGAACCAGGCCAGCGAGAUCGGCAAGCAGAAGCUGCGGGAGUUCCUCGAGAACAAUGAGACGGCGCGACAGGCGUUGGCCAUGCCGGCAAGCAGCAAGAGCAGCGGAGGCGAACAAGUCCGCCUGGACACUUUGGACAGCAAGGGUAAGAAGAAGGAUUAUGAUGAUGACGAAAUUUGA